CUGGUGCGACUUCCGACGCCGUAUCAACAGUGACAGAAUGAGCAGAGUUUUAUUUGUUUACUGUUGAACAGUAGAAACAACCAUGGAGGUGCUUGGGGGGGAGUUUGGUGACAUGACUCCUCAGGAGCUGGCGGCUCCUGUCGACACCAUAGAGGAAAAAUGGAAACUGUUACCAGCUUUUCUAAAGGUGAAAGGACUUGUGAAGCAGCACAUCGACUCAUUCAACUAUUUCAUAAAUGUGGAGAUAAAGAAAAUUAUGAAAGCAAACGAGAAGAUCACAAGUGAUGCUGAUCCCAUGUGGUACCUCAAAUACCUCAAUAUCUAUGUUGGCAUGCCUGAUGUUGAAGAAAGCUUCAACGUUACCAGACCAGUAUCUCCUCACGAG